GAAGCCUUCACGCCUCCACCACAUGCAGUGGUGCACUGGGAUGGUAAGCUGGUUAAGAACGUCGUGGGAGAAGAAGAACACCGACAGGCCAUCUUCAUCUCAGGGCGCGGCCAUGAGGAAGGGAAGCUGCUUGCUGUCUUGCCAGUGAAGGACGGCACUGGCCUGACCCAGGCACGCGCAACAGCUCGUGCUAUCGAGGACUGGAGCUGCGCUUCAAACGUCAAGGCAUUGUGCUUUGAUACAACGUCAUCCAACACAGGGCGAGUCCAAGGUGCGGUUGUCCAUCUGGAGGCGCUGCUGGAAAAACAGCUGUUGAGGCUUGGGUGCAGACACCACGUCAUGGAACUGGUGGUGAGAGCCGCUGCCAGCAACAUCUUCGGCAAAACAUCGGCCCCUACGGACCCUCUCUUCCAGACUCUUAAGAAAAGGUGGAGUCAACUAGAUCACUCUCAGUAUCUCAGGCUGGACAUUGCAAAUCUACCAGAGUCCGACUGGCUCAGUCACCUCCGACACAGGACCAUUAGCUACCUGCUGACCGUCACAGAAUGGGCCGGAGAGGAUUACCGAGAAGCGGCAGAACUAACGCUCCUCGUCCUCUGUGUGAAUCCUCCGCGAGGCACGCACUUUCUGCGUCCUGGCGCAUGUCACCACUCUCGCUGGAUGUCGAAGAUCAUAUACUACCUCAAGAUCUACAUGUUUAGCCACCAGCUAGAGCUCAGCGGUGACCUGUGCGUCAAGCUGCAGAGGAUGGCGAUCUUUGUGUCUCUGCUGUACACACCGGCGUGGCUGAAAUCACCAGUAGCCGAGGACGCGCCUGUGAAUGACCUGCAACUGCAUCACGAACUCCUCCGCUACAGGGCUGUGGACUGUGAGGUGGCUGAUGCGGCGCUGGCGGUCGCGAGCCGCCACCUGUGGUAUCUAAGGCCACAGACCGUCGUUCUGUCGCUGUGCAGCGAGAAGUUGAGUGCGGCAGAGAAAAAGGAGAUGGCGACCAAAUUGAGCUGCCUAGAAGAAACGAACGACUACGCCAACGACAACUUGGUCAUCCAACAGACUACACGGCUUUCCGACCUGAUAGAUGAACGUUCAUGGAUGAUCUUCAAGGAGCAUCAUGUGUGCGGCACAGCAUGGCUGAUGUCACCGGUGGAAGACUGGGAGAAAAGCAGAGAGUUCAUGAAGCUGAAAGAUUUCUCCAGAAGCCUGAAGGUAACCAAUGACGUGGCCGAAAGGGGAAUAAAGCUUAUGCAGGACUUCAUUGGUUCAGUCACGAAGGAUGAGAUGUGUAUAUUUACCCCAGACUGGGCCCAGGGAAAGAUCAAGCCUUCUUACUGGGGUAAAUACACUCUCCUGUCCAAGAGUAAAUGUGAAAAUGUCAUGCAAAUAGUAUCUCCAGGAAUUUUGGUUCAGAUCUAUAAGUUACUUCUGGUGGUAACUGUCUCCUCCACCUUUACCAAGAAUAUUUGA